UAAAAUCAGUAUGACGCUCUGAGGUCUAUUAUAAUGUUGUUUGGGGCUCAUCGCAGACAAAUGUGCUCGGCUUGAUGUGGUAUCCUGCUAAGUUGCAAAGACGGGAAUAACAGUCAGGAUUCCUCUUGUUCCUCAGCAGUCCGUCAGUCAAAGAUGUCCCACCGGUACGUCCAACUUUAAGUCUUUCCUGGCAGUGAGAGAUGAGAGUGGAGGGAAACAAAUAAAGAGGGACUGCAGGGACUCAGAAUUCACGCUCAAUUUCAAGGACCGGCUGUGAGGAUGGAGAGAGCUGCACUGCUGCUGUUCUGUUGCCUGGUCAUGUCCUUAUCAGGCUCACCUCUUUACCCGUCUAUUAGGUUUGGUCAGACUGACACUUCCAUCCUGAUGACCUCCUCUAUAAAGAAUCCAGCAGAGCAGCUGGAGGAAGACACCAGAUCUCCCAGGGAGCGAGCAGAGUUACGCUCAGGACGCCACGCUGACGCCAUCUUUACUAACAGUUACAGGAAAGUCCUGGGUCAAAUCUCUGCCCGGAAGUUUCUUCAGACCAUCAUGGGAAAACGUCUCGGAGAUGAAAGCGAGAGCUACGUGAAACGACAGUCAGGGAUUUAUGAAGGGACCUACAAAGAAGACCUGACCUCCAUCCAGAGCAACCACAGAUACAGAGGAGUCCACGGGGACGUCAUAAGGCCGAGGUACAUGAACUCACCUGGGACCUCAGAACUCUAUUGAAAACACUCAGAACUCUUUUACAUUCCUCAGAACCAUCACUGCUUGUUUUCUUACACGUCCUCCGACAUGAUGUUUACUCAUGGAAAUGAUUUUGUCUUUUUUUUUAAUUCCCAUUAAAGCUGUGAAAAAAAAGAGUUUUGUAAAUGUUGAGUCAUCUAAAAUCUCUGAAAACCUUAAAGUAU